GUUUUUACACGGCGUUAUAACGGCAAAAGAACGAUGCUUCUCUUUUUGGUUCAAGACACAGGACGAGGAUGAAAUAUGCUAGAUACCAGCAAGGAAGAAAAGAUGUCACAUCCAGACUGGGCCACAACGUCACCCCACGACUUGCCAGCCAGCUAGGGCAGAGGCUGGAGGGUCCUUAUUUUGCGACAUCAACCCACACCCUCUCGUCGUACGAGUCCAUCAUGCGGCCGCCGUACUUGCGCACCCAUCCCUUAAUGCCGCCUUUAAGGAUGACGGAUUGGAUUUCUGUUUCGCCGACAUCGUCGAAGUAGUCCUGUAACCAAUUCGCCGACCGAGGACCACGGC